UGUUGUCAACUGUCAGUGCCGCUGCUAGCAUAAAACAUCUAGAAAUAUGUGUUUACUGUUCUCCUUUUAAAGCCGUAGACUUUUACAAAACAACUCUGGAGGAAGCUGUCGCCUUGCUGGAACUAUACUUAGUUGUCAUGCUAAUCUCAUUUUCAUGGGCUAUUUAUUUUUUAUUCGUCUCGAAGCCAUUGUUUGGGAAGAAUUAGCACCCGUUAGCAAUGGGUCGUUGACACAGCCUGCACAGUUGGACUGAUCCGGGGGGGGGGGGCAGUAAACGGGCACAAAAUGGAUUUCUCCAAGUUCCUGGCCGAUGAGUUCGACGUGAAGGACUGGGUGAACGGCGCCUUCACGGUGCAGCAGGACGCGCCGGGGAAGGCGGAUGCGCACGCAGCCACGCUGGUCAUGAAGCUGCAGCUCUUCAUCCAGGAAGUCAACAACUCCAUCGAGGAGACCAGUAAUCAGGCCCUCCAGAAUAUGCCCAGAGUGCUCCGAGACGUGGAGGCUUUGAAACAGGAGGCUUCUUUCCUGAAGGAGCAAAUGGUUCUGGUCAAAGAGGACAUCAGGAAGUUUGAGCAAGACACGGCGCAGUCUAUGCAGGUGCUGGUGGAAAUAGAUCAAGUGAAGAGCCGCAUGCAGGUGGCAGCCGAAGCUCUGCAGGAGGCCGACAAGUGGAGCACGCUGAGCGCCGACAUCGAGGAGACCUUCAAAACACAGGACUUUGCAGUCAUUUCUUCCAAGCUGACCAGCAUGCAGAGCAGCCUGGCCAUGUUGGUGGACACGCCGGACUACUCUGAGAAGUGUGUCUACCUGGAGGCUCUGAAGAACCGCCUGGAGGCUCUGGCCAGCCCGCAAAUAGUAUCAACCUUCAACUCCAUGUCUCUGGACCAAGCCAAGCUGUUUGUGAAGGUCUUCACGGAGAUCGAUAGAAUGCCGCAGCUCUUUGCCUACUACUACAAGUGUCACAAGGGCCAGCUGGUGCGCAUGUGGCAGGACAUCUCGCAGAGUGAGCUCAGUCUGAACCAGCAGCUGUCUGAGUUCUACGACACCUUGCUCUCCUCCUGGCACACUCAGUUACAGUGGAGCAGCCAGGUGUUCAAGAACCCGUACGAGGUGGUGACGGUGCUGCUGAUCCAGACGCUGGGGGCCAUGGUCCCCUCCAUCCCCGUGUGCCUGAGCUCGGCCGUGGAGCGGGCGGCUCAAGAGCGGCGCCUCGACACGCUGCUCGAACUCCAUCACGCCACCUCCACCUUCGGCCGCAGCCUGGAGGCCGCCAUGUUGCCGCACUUGGGGGAGAACAAUCUGCUGAAGGUGACUGAGCUGACCUGUGCGCUGUAUGACCCCUACAAACCGUAUCAACUCCAGUACGGAGAUCUGGAGGAAGCUCACCUCCUCAUCCAGAUCAGUGCUGUACCUUUGGAACACGGGGAGGUUAUUGAUUGUGUGGAAGAGUUGAGCCACUCCGUCGGCAAGUUGUUCGGCCUGGCCACCGCCGCCGUGGACCGCUGCGUCAAGCUGACUGACGGGCUGGCCGUGUGUGGCCUCCUCAAAGCCCUCAAAGCUCUUUUCACCAAAUAUGUGUCGGACUUCUCCACAACACUGCAGUCAAUCAGAAAGAAGUGUAAACUGGAGGAGACGCCAAGUGCUUCUGUUUUCCAGGAGGACUGGACCGCCUUCCAGAACUCUGUCAGGAUUAUUGCCACUUGUGGAGAACUGCUCACACAAUGUGGAGCCUUUGAGCAGCAGCUGUCGAACAAGAUCCUGGGCACGGCAGGUAAGUACCUGUCCGAGACGUAUAGCCCACGCAGCCUCGCAGGCAUCCAGGAGGCCAGCUCCACAGACAGGAAGAGCAGCACCAAGAACCCCUGGCAGGAAUACAACUACCUUCAGAGGGGGAGCAUGACUGAGUACAACAGCCUGAUGGAAGUCCUCUACUCCCUAAAGGAGAAGGGCACGGGGAACUCCAGCCUGCUCUCGGAGGCCAGAGCCGCUCUGACCCGACUCAACCAGCAGGCCAACCAGCUGGCCUUCGACUCCGUCUUCCUGCAAAUCAAACACCAGCUCUGCCUCGUCUCCAAGAUGGAGCGGCAGGAGGCGCCUGGUUUUGGAGAGAGCUACACGGACGACCUGCCGACCUACAGCCUGUCGCCGCAAGAAUACAUCACUAAUAUCGGCCAGUACCUCAUGUCUCUGCCGCUCCACUUGGAGCCAUUUGUGACUCAGGAGGACCCGGCGCUGGAGAUGGCCCUGCAUGCCGGGAAGCUGCCGUUCCCCCCGGAGCAAGGCGAUGACCUUCCCGAGCUGGACAACACGGCCGACUACUGGCUGGGCUCCAUCGCUCGGGCCACCAUGCAGACCUACUGCGACGCCAUCCUGCUCAUUCCCCAACUGAGCGCUCGCUCCACCAAACAGCUGGCCACCGAUAUCGACUACCUGAGCAAUGUGAUGGACGCUCUGGGCCUGCAGCCGUCCCGCGCCCUGCAGCACAUCGUCACCCUGCUGAGGGCCAAACCCGAAGACUACAGGCAGGCCGCCAAGCUGCUGCCUCGCCGGCUGGCCUCCACCGUCGCCGCCGUCCGGUGCAUCGACUACUAACAGCGAGGGGGAAGGAGAGGGGUUCUAGUGUAGCGGCAUGGUUGAAGAAGAAGAAUGUGUUAACGGUAUAUCUGGUGAACAUGUUGCGGCCCCUUAAAUCUCACAUUCUUAGGAUAAUUGUCGUGUCCAAAUAAUAGUGACAUUUAUGGUAAUGUUAAGUUUGAAAUUGGGUGGUUGAGCUUUGUUUUUAUACUGAUUUUUGUUGAACUCGUGGGACUUUGAAUGAUCGGUGGUGAUGACGCCAACGUGUGGAAGUGUCUUGACAUCAUUAAUUUCUGCAUUUUCUUUAAAUUGCUGAAGCAUCUAACUUAAUGUAAUACAGCAGGGGAUGUGUGAGAGCAUUGGAAAUAUAUACAUGGCUGUAUGACUGAUAUAUUACUUGUUGAUUAUUUGUCAGACUCAUAUAAUUCAUCUCUAUUAAAUUAUAUUUCGGUAAUAUUUCUGAUAAGAGACUUAUUGUUUUCUAUGAACUGAGCAGUUGACUUCAAAAUAAGCUCUCUCAUUCUCAUAUAUGUACGUAUAUAUACAUAUAUGAGCUCUCAUAUAUAUUUCUUUAUAUAUGUAUAUAUUCACACUCAUAUAUACACAUAACUUUACACACAUACAAAUAUAUACAUGUGUGUGUGUAUGGCCCCUAUUGUGUUAAACCCAUAUGGAACUCUUGAUUAUUUCUUUGAAUAAGGGGGUUGAAUUUAUUUGUAUUGUAAUCAAUAAAUGAAUGAAUGGUUAGUCACGUGA